AUGAACUUAGUUCUUUGUCUUCACAGGAAAUGGGGUCACAGACUGAAUUGCAAGUCUCUCUGCCUGAGUUGGAGCGUAUUUCUCUUCAUGAGGUAAUUACGGCGGAUUCCCGAAACCUUCCUUUUCAACCAGUGAUAAAAUUAAAAAAACCUCAUAGCGUGAAACGAAGUUAUUUAGGCUACAAACAAAUCAUCAUUACACAUUGUUGUUAACCUCCAUUACGGAGAAUUUUCGAGUUUGUGGUCGAUAAUUUAAAUUUAAAUGAGAAUCAGUGCAAAGCAAGCGCAAAAUGGUGUUAAAGUGCCUACCACCCCAAAUUUGUUUUAAAAAAAUGGAAUAAAAAUAGAAAACCUGUAAUAAACGUUGCCGCAGAUUGAUUUUGAUUUUAGCUAGAUCUCAUUUUCUCAGAUUUUCAAGUAUGUGAAAGUAAUAUCAUAGGCCGUGACAUUAUGGGCCUGUGGCGAGUGACGUAUUUUGAGGCAUUGUUCUCUCCUUAAUAUGCUUAGCACGCAUGUCAGAGUUCCACGUCGUGUUGGACCUGACUUAUUAGGGAGCUAAGCAAUGACGACGACGACGGCGCGAAAACGUCUCUUAAAAAGUGAAUCCACGCUGUUUUUAAUAUACAUGGCUUUCAUUCUUUGUCGUUCAAUUUUGUGAAAUGUUGGUGAAUGUUUUCUGGAGUUAUGCAACAACGGCCAACGGCAAAGAAAUGUACAAAAGCGACAUGCACGUGCAAAAAAAGCCCGGUUGUUUUGCUAUUAAUCCAAACCUAUUUCUUUUUUCCGCUCUCGUUGCCGUCGGUCGUUGCUUAGUCUUCGUUGAACCGACGUCUGCGUUCCGUCUAAAUAAGAUUUCUCACUUGGAAAGCUUGUCAAGUGUUGAUUUCUGAUGGCUCAGAAUGGAAUUUUAUUCCUGGGUUUGCACCGAAUAUGUAGCAAAACUUCCAAGACGAAGUCGAAAAUUAUGACCCAACUACGCGAGGUUUCGGAGGGGCUGAAGAUGAAGAUGUUGCAAUUUCCUACGCUGGAGAGCCUUUGGCGAGUCAGCAGUUUAUUCAAGAGUACAAUAGGAAGAGAUCGAUAGAUGAGGAGUUAAGGCAAAAGCUACAACAAACUGGGAGGAAGUAAGAACAAUGCCUUAAACUACGUCAUUGUUUCUAGCCUACGUAUAGCCGCACCGUACACGCCCCACCCCCCCCCUCCCUCAGCUCAAAUAGGCAAAUUUCGUACUCUUUAACUGAGCAUAAAAGCCGUUAGUUUUUUGCGAUGCACGAAAAUUGUACCUUGUUUUAAAGCUGAAGUCGCAUAGAAUUGGUUAAAAAUUUUAAGAAACCCAGGGUGAUAUGCACUUUAAGAAAAUGUUUUAUUUGUUGAAGGAGGCUGAAAGGAACACCGAGCCGGAACAUGAAAGGCCUGAUCUCAUUCCUGAUUUAUCAUCUGAAUCAGAGAUGGAACUGCAAC